UAAAAUCAAAAUUCGAAAAUUUUGAUGGAAUUGGAAGCCCCUUUUAUGACGAUGAUUUUGUUGCUGCUUGUUCACUUCUUUUCACACGCUCUCUCGUCUUCCAAUUUCUUCUGAGGAGAACAGCAAUGGGGGAAGAAUUGCGGAAACGCAACACUGAUUGCGUCUAUUUCUUGGCUUCACCUCUUACCUGCAAGAAGGGGUUCGAUUGUGAGUAUCGGCACAGCGAGAUUGCUAGGUUGAAUCCCAGAGAUUGUUUCUAUUGGCUGGCGGGAAACUGCUUAAAUGCAGCCUGUGGUUUUCGGCACCCGCCAAUGGAUGGUCCUGCUGGAAAAGUGUUUGAAUCUUCUCAAUGUUCUGUACCUGUGAACAAGGCAAAUAUUCCCUGUUAUUUUUAUUUCAAUGGCUUCUGCAGUAAAGGUGAUAUGUGCUCCUUUUUGCAUGGCAAUGAUAUAAGUACUGUUACUCCAAGUUCUACAAAGACAGGAUUUCCUAGCGGCCAUACAGAAGAUAAACCAGCUUCAGCCAACAAAAAGGGUUUAGGCUCUACAGAUGCUAUUGUUCAUCCGUCGAAUACAUUUUCCUCGGAAGAUAAACCAGCUUCAGCAAACAAAAAGGGAUUAGCCUCUACAGAUGCUAUUAUUCCUCCAUCCAAAAAUGUAUCUGACCCAACAAUUGAUGUGACGUUUCAACAACCAUCUGCUGAAAAUGUCUCACAUCAAAGUGCCCAUUUACCGAUCUCGGUAUCGGAGUGUGAACAACUGGCUGUUGAUGAGCCUGUCUCACUAACUGCAGCUGAAGGAUCUAAUGAUAGUAGUAGAUCUCAUGUACAUGCAGAUGCAGGUCAGAGUAAUGAGGAGACAACGAUGGAUUGUACCGAGGAAGAAAACUUCUGGGAAUCAUCCCCUGGCUUCAAUGUUGCCGUAGGACAUGGGUUGGAGAAUUUGGAUAGCGAUGAUGAUCCAGAGUACCACCUCUCAACUAAUCUGGAGAAAGGAGAAAUGGAUACCGACUUAUGCAGGAAUGACUUUGAUGACCUUAUCGCAUAUGAGCCUAUGCACUCUGAUGUAGAACUUCUGUAUGAAGGUGAGAUGCGUAAAUACGAUCAUUUUGAGAGGGAAUCUGCCCUUUUCAACAAGAGAAACAUUAUCAGCAGCUCAAGAAGGAAACUUUUAGAGUCAAUGUUUUCUCAAAAGAGAAAACUCACACUCGUGAAUCUAGAUGCAGAGGAAUGGAAUUGUGUUGAUCUUCGAAGUUAUCUGCAGAGAGACUGUGUUUCUGGUAAUCGUUCAAUUAUUGGUAUAUCAAGGAGAAGAAAUGGGUCUUCCUUUCGAACAAGUAGAGACUUUGCAAAACCUCGAAAGCAUGGUUUAUAUCAUCCACCACCACUUGGAAGAAGACUGGCAUUACAGGUCGGGAAGAUAUCUAGACGAUCACUUCCAGAAAGUGUAACUUUUUCAAAUAGUAUUAGUCCAUAUGGAUCUUUUAGGCACUCAAGACAAUUCAAGCCCUGGAGGCAUUGCGACGGAUAUGGAAUUGGAUUGGCCAGACAACAACAUCCAUUGCCCGACAUGUCAAGAAAACCUGUUUCAAGAGAGCGCAGAUACAAUCUGAAGUCCGCUCCAUUCAAAGGACCAAAGACCCUUUCUGAGAUCAAAGAAGAGAAGAGAAGAGUAGUAGAAGAAAAUGGAGACUUUUCGAUCAAAAAGCGUCAUUCAAUCGGAUCUGCAUAUGCAUAUGCAUCUACAUCAUCCUCAGCCGACUUUAGAGGACCAAAACCUCUGAGUGAUAUCCUGAAGGACAAAAGGAAGGUGGAGGUUGUGAAGGAAAUCGAUACUUAGCUGAAUAAAUUAGUGUAAUG